CAAACGGGGGGGGAUGAGGGGGAUAGAUCCCCCCCCAUGAAUUUUUUUUCAAUACCUAUUUAUAACAAUUUAUAAUAAAGCAUUACAUAUUGUUCUAUUUUUUUUUCUAAAAAUAAAUUUCGAUAGACUAUAUAUGACAAGACUAUAAUAAUAUUAUUAUCUAGACUCAAGUUUAGGUACUACUAGUUACUACUAGGAUAUUAUUAUUGUUAUUAAUAUUUAGUUGUUUACACAAUAUAUAAUAUUAUGGGAAUCCCGUAUUAUCCUACUCGAUGAUUAAGAAUUUUCAAUAACAACACGCUCUACACAUUUCCAGAAUAUUGCCGAUACGGGCGAUUACAUUACGAUCGGUAGGUAUAUUUUUCAAUACUACGUAGUCGGUUGAAAACUUGAAACAUUGAUUGUUUAUUAUUUGUCAUAAUAUUAGUUAUCAUCUAUCAUCGUCUUUCGUACACGAGUUUUCUACUGUGUGUGGUGUGUCCGUGUAGUGUACUAAAGUGUCAAUUAUACAGUCGGUGUUUUUAUUAUUGACUAUUGUUUAUUUUACAUUUUUAUUUUUUACCAUUAUUAUGUCUAAUAAAAGGAAAAUUACUAGUUAUUUUGAUGCAACUUGCUGUACUUCUAAACGCUCGGUGUCGGCAGAUGAACAAAUAAGUAAGAUCACUAAUAUCGUUACAGAAAAUCAAGUUGUGGACUUAGUGACUGUUGAUUUAAACGUUCAUGACAUUGGAUCCUACAUUAAUAGUACCUUGACCGAUGCUGAUAGAUAUUUGAUUCUUAAAGAUGUGUGGAUACCACCAGCUACAUUUCCAUUUCCAUUACUUGAUUGUAAUGCCAAAAGAGGCUUAAAAUUCAAACACCAUUGGCUCAAUGCUUAUAAAUGGCUGGCCUAUUCUGAAAAAUACCAAGGUGCUUUUUGCAAAUACUGUGUUGUUUUCUCAACAAAUGGUGGUAUUGGUGGUCAAAAAUUAGGAACCCUUGUAUUGGAGGCUUUUACUAACUACAAAAAAGCUAUAGAAGUGUUUAAGAAACAUGCAAAUUUGGAAUACCAUAAAACUGCAUUACUGAAAUCUGAUAACUUUUUAAAUGUUUAUUUAAAUAAGAGUUCUUCGAUUAUAAACCGUAUUGAUAGUGAAAGAAUGAAACAAAUUGAAGAAAAUCGAAAGCGUUUAAUUCCAAUCAUUGAAUGUGUGAUGUUAUGCGGCCAACAGGAAAUAGCUUUAAGAGGUCAUAGAGAUUAUGGUCCUAUUUGUUUCAGUAUCGAUGAGACAACAGAUGUUUCGGUAAAAGAGCAACUCACCUUAUGUGUCAGAUAUUUAAGUGGAUCUGGAGAAAAUGUGUCUAUGAAUGAGAGCUUUUUAAAAUUUAUUGAAGUACAAAGUCUAACAGGAGAAAAUCUGGCUACAGUUAUUCUUAAUGGUUUGAAUGCUUGUGGAAUUGACUGUAAUAAUAUGGUAGGACAAGGUUAUGAUGGAGCGAGCAAUAUGUCAGGACAUUUAAAAGGUGUUCAAACUAUUAUUAGGGAGACAUACCCUAAAGCAUUGUAUGUGCAUUGUGUGGCUCAUAGCUUAAAUUUAGCUGUAUCUAAAGCUAGUAAUAUUCUACCAAUUAGAAAUUGCUUGGGCGUUGUAGAAAAAAUAUACUGCUUUUUUAAUUCUCCUAAACGCCAAAAUGUGCUUUUAAAUACAAUUGAAGAAAGUGAUCUAGACCCAAAAGUAAAAAGCUUAAAGCGGUUAUGCGCAACAAGAUGGGUUCAGAGGUAUGAAGCUGUAAAUGAUUUUAUAGAGCUUUUUAAGUUUGUAGUGGUGUCCUUGGAAACCAUUUCUAGUUGGAAAGAUACUAGUGCUACAGAUGCUACUAUUUUAAUUAAAGCGCUUGAUUCUGAAUUUUUGGUGUCACUUCAAGUAGUAAAUAUAUUAUUUUCUUAUAGUUUACCAUUGUGUAAAUUACUACAAAGUAAAGGCAUUGACUUAAAGGAAGCUAUAGAUCUUGCAGGUGAUAAUGUUACAAUACUUAAAAACUUAAGGAGUAAUAUUAAUACAGAGUUUAAUCAAAUGUUCAAAAAAGCACAGAAAAUGGCUGAAUUCUUGGAUUUCGAUAUUAAAAUUAAACGAAUUAACAAGAGACAGAUAUAUAGAGAUAAUUCUAUCAUAAGAAAUGAUGGUUCUACGCCUGAUUCUGAGGAGUAUUUUCGAGUAUCCAUAUGUGUCCCUUAUAUUGACUUCUUUAUAAGUCAAUUGGAAGAAAGGUUUUUGGCUCACCGUAGUAUUUUUAAAGGUUUUCAAUGUUUAUUUUCAAAUGAUUUUGAAUUAGAAGGUUUUGAGGAAUUAGUAAAUUUUUACCUUUCUACUGAUAUUGAAACUGUGAAAGCGGAAUUGAAUUUAUGGAAAACAAAACUUUCACGCAUAGGAAAAUCUCCAAGAACAGGACUUGAUGCUAUAAAGUUCUGUAGACGUGAAUUAUUUCCUAAUGUGUUUGAUUUAUUACAAAUAUUUUGUACACUUCCGGUAUCAACCGCAACACCAGAGAGAAUGUUUUCAUGCCUUAAACGGUUGAAAACAUAUUUAAGAAAUAGUAUGGUAGAGAGUCGUCUCAAUGGCUUGGCCACUAUGGCUGUUCAUCGUGGGGUUAUAAACAUUACAUCCAACGAAGUACUGGAUGAAUUAGCAAAAAAAAAACAAAAAAAUAGAUUUACUAAUAUAAUAAAAAUAUUGUUAAUGCUAUAAU